AUGGAUCACAAUGAUUACGAGACUCCAGAAGAGUUCCCUUUCCCAGUUUCAAUUGUCGCCACCAAUUUCAAAGGCGAAUUCAAACAAGAGCACAUUGAUCAUUUUCUAUACAAGAACCACCGAUUCACGUCGCUAGAUAUCCUCAUAAAAGACCUCAAGAAACUCUCGUCUCAGCUAAACCAAAACUUGCUUGACCUAGUAAACCACGACUACAACGACUUUAUCAAGCUUGGGAAGUCGAUAAACGGAGGAAGUGACUUGAUCUCGUCAAUCUCGGAGGACUUGAAAAACUUCAAGAAUGAACUCACGCGGUUACUGGAUAAAUUUUCUACUAUGGACGAUAUGGUUCGCGAAGCACUUGAAACAAGACAAGCUCUCAUUGACGUUAAGACGAAUUUAAAGUUGAGUUUGUUGAUGCAUGAUCAAAUUCAAUUGUUCGAUGCAUGCGUUAAAGAGGACAAGAUGAGCGCUGAGCAGUUGAGAAAAGUUACCGGUGUUUACCUUUCGAUAAUGAACAUUGAAGAGUACUUGCAAAGAAGCGGAGAGUUUAAAGUUGAAGGAAGGACCCAUUUCGAGGAGCAGUAUGUUCAAAGCAAGAUCUCGUCGAUUUUUCUCGAGUUCAAGAGCUAUUUGCAGGAGACAGCAGACAAGAAUAGGACGGAAAGAGAUGGUGAUUUGGCGCUUGAAAUCGCAAAGAUCAACACGGUGCUAGGUUUAAAGUAA